GAUCCUCUAAAUCCCUCUAAGACGCAAAGUAUUGGUUCUCGAAGUGCUUCUUUAUGCGAAAGCUUCCGUUCAGGAAUUCUCGAAGAUUCUUCGAGUCAUUCAAGACUAAACAUUAAUUUUUCGUAUACGAAUAUGUACCGCAGCAAAUAUGAAUGUACAUAUACGACUAUAAGUGUGUGGUUGUAAAACGUUUGUUAGGUAGGUCACAUCAAUAACACAUCAAAAUCACGCAGAAAAACUCCAAGGCGACAGCAACAAGGACGAAGAUGAGGAGGAGGAAAACGCAGCGCACAAGACCGAAAGAGAACAAACCCACCAGGCCACCACCAAUUAUAACGGCCGACAAUAUUAUCCACAACCACAUAUCCAUAUCUAUCGCAUACCAUAGCUUUAUCUACAAGUACAUGUUUAUAUAAACCCUGUGAUUUUUGUAUGGUGGCAUGGCGUGCUUCUGCUCUUGCCACGUGUUCGUCGUCGAGAUGAAUCGGCCCUUUUCGACCGGAGCCAAAACAACCCAUCUCUGGUCUCUCCGGUUGAGCAAGGCCAGCAAGUCUUCGGUGUUGGAAUUGCAGCGACGUCGUGUUGGGUUGGUUGUGAGUGCGGAGCUCUCGAAGCCGUUCUCUGGGAACAUCGGUUUGGACUCCAAGACCUUCCAUUCCCAUGAUCUAUCUCAAUUGCCCUGGAUCGGCCCACUUCCAGGAGAUAUCGCUGAAGUUGAGGCUUAUUGUAGAAUCUUUAGAGCUGCUGAAAGACUACAUAAUGCAUUAAUGAACACACUGUGCAAUCCAUUGACAGGAGAAUGCAGUGUUUCUUACAAUUUGCCAUCACAGGAUAAACCAGUAGUUGAAGAUAGAAUAGUAUCUGUUCUUGGUUGCAUGGUAUGUCUCCUGAACAAAGGCAAGGAGGAUGUUCUUUCUGGAAGAUCUUCCGUCUUGAAUACAUUCCGUGCUACAGACAUAAAUGUAAGGGACGAUAUGCUUCCACCACUUUCUGUUUUCAGGGGUGAGAUGAAACGGUAUUGUGAGAGCUUACAUGUUGCUCUUGAAAACUACUUAACACCUGACGACGCUCGAAGUAUAAAUGUAUGGAGGAAACUACAACAACUGAAAAGUGUUUGUUAUGAUUCUGGAUUUCCUCGUGGGGAUGGUGAUCCCAGCCAUACCCUUUUUGCAAACUGGAAUCCUGUUUAUUUAUCCACCUCAAAAGAGGAUAUAGAAACUACGGAUUCUGAGGUUUCUUUUUGGAGGGGUAGCCAGGUGACAGAAGAAGGCCUGAAGUGGCUAUUAGAGAAAGGAUUUAAAACUAUAGUAGAUCUUAGAGCAGAGACUGUAAAGGAUAACUUCUAUGAAACAGCACUAGAUGAGGCUAUUUUGUCUGGAAAAGUUGAACUAGUCGAAAUUCCUGUUGAAGUUGGUACUGCACCAUCGAUGGACCAGGUUGAGAAGUUUGCAAGCAUAGUGUCGAAUUCAAGCAAAAAGGCCAUAUACCUCCAUAGUAGGGAAGGAGUUUGGAGAACUUCUGCUAUGGUUUCUAGGUGGAGGCAAUACAUGGCGCGACACAAAUCACAGCUCGUCUCCAAUCAUGAAUCUACUAAAAGGGGCAUCCAAUCGCUGGAUGCCGUAAGAAUGGAAGAAUUGAGGACAUCAAAAUUAGUAGAAGUUGCAUCAUUGGGUAAUGAAGAUGGAUUGUUUCCUGAAAUGUUUGAUAUGGCUCAUGAUACAACCAGAAAAAUUAUCAAUCAUGUCAACAAAGAUGAUAACUGCAAUGGGGGCCGUGUUGGAGUCGUAUCUCACCAAGGCGCCAUGACGAUAGAAUCGGUUGAUAAUGCUGAAAUAGGAUCUUUAACUGACUUCUGCAGAGAAGUGAAUCCUCUAAAGGCCCAGCUACCUCCUUGCAACCUUUUCUCCAGAAAGGAGAUGUCCAGGUUUCUCAAAAGCAAGAAGAUUUCACCUCCCACUCACUCAAAUUACCAUAAGAGAAAAUUGGAGACUUCUCGAAGGGAGAAUUCCAGUGGAUUGCUUCAGAGGAGUGAAAUCAUUAGGACAAGUCCUGAAUUGAGGCUUGCAGAAACAAGAAGUACAAACGGAUCGGCAACCGGGAAGAAUCUAACUCUGAAGUCUCAGAGUCCUCCAGUUACCAAUGGGACUUAUCUGGGUGAUAAAUAUUCCUCUUCUUCUGGUCCCUCAUUAAAUGGACAUAGGUAUCCCAUUAGUGCUGUUAAUGCUCCUAUAAAACUGAGCAAUGAGUUGAAUAAGAUUGUUACAUCCAUCACGGAAGGCAAAAGGAGCAAUAGUGAGGUGUCCAUGGGUUCAGGUGAUGAUGGUUUGGGGACGAUCGAAAGUAAUAUGUGUGCUUCUGCGACAGGUGUGGUUCGAGUGCAAUCAAGAAAGAAAGCAGAGAUGUUCUUAGUUCGCACGGAUGGUGUCUCAUGUUCUAGGGAAAAGGUGACAGAAUCUUCCUUGGCGUUCACUCAUCCUAGCACCCAGCAGCAGAUGCUUAUGUGGAAAUCUACGCCAAAGACUGUACUUUUGUUGAAGAAACUGGGCCAGGAACUUAUGGAAGAAGCUAAAGAGGUUGCUUCUUUCUUGUAUCACCAAGAGAAGAUGUGUGUCCUUGUUGAACCUGAUGUACAUGAUGUAUUUGCGAGAAUCCCAGGGUUUGGUUUCGUUCAGACGUUUUAUAGUCAAGAUACAAGUGAUCUUCACGAGAGGGUUGACUUUGUGGCGUGCUUGGGAGGGGAUGGUGUUAUACUACAUGCAUCAAACCUAUUUAGAGGAGCUGUACCCCCUGUUGUAUCAUUUAAUCUUGGGUCCCUUGGAUUUCUCACUUCCCACCAUUUUGAAGAUUUUAGGCAAGACUUGAAACAAGUUAUUUAUGGGAACAAUACAAUGGAUGGUGUUUAUAUAACUCUCCGCAUGCGUCUCUGCUGUCAAAUUUAUCGAAAUGGAAAAGCCAUGCUUGGGAAAGUAUUUGAUGUCCUCAAUGAGGUUGUGGUUGAUCGUGGUUCUAAUCCAUACAUUUCAAAAAUCGAAUGUUAUGAACAUGACCGCCUUAUAACCAAGGUGCAAGGCGAUGGAGUCAUAGUUGCCACCCCUACAGGUAGUACAGCUUACUCUACUGCUGCAGGAGGUUCUAUGGUCCAUCCAAAUGUUCCAUGCAUGCUGUUUACACCAAUUUGCCCACAUUCCCUCUCUUUCAGACCUGUCAUACUUCCGGAUUCUGCACGGCUUGAAUUAAAGAUUCCUGAGGAUGCAAGAAGCAAUGCAUGGGUCUCCUUUGAUGGUAAGAGAAGGCAACAACUCUCAAGAGGUGAUUCAGUGCGGAUAUUUAUGAGCCAACAUCCACUUCCGACAGUGAACAAAGCUGACCAAACCGGUGACUGGUUUCGCAGCUUAAUCCGUUGCCUGAAUUGGAACGAAAGACUUGAUCAAAAGGCCCUCUGAAGCCUACGUGAGGUUGACUGAGGUUUGUGUAUAUUACUGUACAUGUUACAAGUUAAAGGAAUCACACGUAAUCUAACUUAGAAGGAGUGUAUUUUGCUUAUUCAUCCAACUGGCUCCCUUAUAAGAUGGUAGGGCCUGCCUUUCCUUUUGCUGUUGUUUUUGUGUAAUGCAUUUUACUAUGGCAAAAGUUUUACCUUUUAAUCG